AUGUCGCGCCGAAGCACAUUCCAAAGACUCGGCUAUAUCUGCCAGUCAUGCUUUCAAAAGCGGUCAAUCUCGACCUCCAAAACUCUUCGUGAUGGUAUCCCUCACAGCCCGGAGUCGCAGAGGGUUCUGCUGCCGCCUGCGCCGCCCUCCGAACAUCGGGUCUUCAAGCUUUCUUCCUCAAGAAAGUUGAUCUCGAUCCAAGGCCGUGAUGCUGCGGAAUUUCUACACGGAAUAACCACGAAUAUUGUUCCGAACUCGAAGAAUGUAGAGGGACUGUAUUCUGCGUUUUUGACGGCACAGGGAAGGGUUCUCUAUGACGUCUUCAUAUACCCCACCAACCACUCCAGGCACGCUCUUCUCACGAAUGGUAGUGAUGACCCUGCUUUCUUGAUUGACGUUGGAGCAGAGCUGGCACCAGAACUCCUGAAGCAUAUACGACGGUAUAAACUUCGAUCGAAGUUUAUUAUCAAAGCCGUUGACGACUUUAACGUAUGGUCUGUUCCGAAUUCGUUCCGGUUGGGUGAAGACGAAGCCGUCGAUCAUCCAUCAAAUCUCAAGAUUGGAUGUGUGGACCCUAGAGCACCUGGUAUGGGACGUAGGGUUGUGCUUCCGACGGAUGUAUCGCCGUCUGAAGGACUUGUUACUGCGCCUGACGAUGAGAUUACGUAUAAGCUUAAGAGGUAUCUAUCGGGGGUACCGGAGACGCCGGGGGAGAUAGUGUCUGGGUCUGGAUUACCGCAGGAAUCGAAUAUUGAUUACAUGUCUGGGAUUAAUUUCCACAAGGGGUGUUACGUCGGGCAGGAGUUGACGAUACGGACUCGGCAUACUGGUGUGGUUAGGAAGAGGAUAUUGCCGGUUCAGUUGUAUACUUCUUCGGAGCCGUUGAAGAAUACGACACCAUUAUAUGAUCCGGUUUUUGGGGCUACUUUACCGGAGAUACCGACUGGUGGUAAUAUCGCACGAGUAAACAAGAAGGCGAGGUCUGCGGGGAAAUUCUUUGGGAAUGUGGGGAAUAUAGGAUUGGCAUUGUGUAGGUUGGAAAUUAUGACGGCUACGAGUUUGGGAGGUGAAGGGCAGAGUUUUGAUCCGGAGGUUGAUGAGUUUAAAGUAGAUCUUGGUGAGGGGGCAGGGGAUGGGGAAAUGGUGAAAGUUAGAGCUUUUGUGCCGGACUGGCAUACUACUGGGGCGGUUACAAAUGAGGUUUUGUAG